UUAGAUAAUUCGAUACACGUCGUCUGACAAGAUCGUCAAAACAUUCUCCCUGCUGCGCCUCCGGACAAAAGACGCAGUCAAAAUCCUUUGGUAGCGAUUUCGUAGCGGUUCUCUACACCAUCGAUAAACUAAUAAGCUGUCGAUCGCAUGAAUGUUCUUAGGAUUUUCCUCUAGACCUUGGCAUAGCUUAUGUGUAAUCUUUUGACUUAGACGAGGGUGGCAGUACCGCGUCAUUUAAAGGGACCACCGAUAACAGUCUCCCAAUCGUAUUACUGUUUUCUUGUUCAGAAAGUGCGGCAAAAGGUACUUCUUCAUUCGAGCAGCACAAAUGGAAUCAAAUCAAUAGAUUGUGAGUGUGUUCUAUGAUACGACGACGGGGACCGCGCGUAGAUGACACGUUAAGUUGAAACUACGUGGAUAUCAAGAUUUACAAGCUUAAGUGUGCGUGCCGCUCUGAAUGGACUUCAAUGUCGUGAUGCUGUCCAUGCUGUAAUUAUUGAUAACCACUGGUUUAAGAUUCCGAUCGAAAUUUUACGGAUUCGUCUAACAAGAAAAAACUGUUCACAGCUAAGAUGCACUGGUACAUACCGCAGUCUUCGAGAACCGACGUAUCACCGCAAUGACCAUUCACCAACACUCCAAAGACCCUGGGACAUAUAGUCCCUUUAUAGGGUAUAUUGCAUUGGUCGUUACCAUAACAACCCUAGUUGUUGGAGUUUUAUGUAAAUACCUUAAAGAACUCUGUCGAAGAAUCAAGAGAAAGAAAAGUCGAAGACGAAAAAGAGCGUCUUCUAGUCCUACUACAAGUAGAUCUGGGUCAUUAAGAAUUGAUUCAAAAAAGCUCUCAUCUCCAGUCAAGCGCUCUGACAGUUCUGCAUCAAAGGCGCCAUCUGUGUCAGCGGUCGAUUUCUCUAUUCCCAAGACUAGACAGAAUGUUCUACAACAGCCAUUGCCUGAGCUCACACAAGGCCGACUCGGCGAUAAUAACGGAAGUGGAGACGAGAAGAGAAUGUCGAUGGUUGGUUUGUAUUUCACUGACGAGCAGCUAGCAUUGGACACUAUAGAACCCUCUGCCUACAAAAGACUAGAUCAUACUGUCACAGUUGGCAAGAACAGUAACCUCGGAGAGCUCCAUUUCAUCGCUAAAUACUCGGAACGCAAUCGGAAACUCACCAUCCUUGUGGUCGGCGGAAAUGACUUUCCAGCGCGUGACUUUUCCGGCAGUUUAGACACGUGUUUGACGAUUGCGUUACUUCCGGAUCGUUCUUUAAGAAAGCAAACUGCAAUAUAUCGACGUUCAGUAAACCCGAUGUAUAACGAAAGCUUUACUUUUCACAUAGCAGCAGACGAAGAUGUGUAUUCACGGAGUUUAUUGUUCGUAACGUUUUAUUUUGAUCAGUAUUCGCAUAGUCACGUGCUUGGUGAGCAACAAGUGCCCUUGGUUGACCUUCACCUUGGAGAUGAGACCAUGGUGCGAUGUUUCUUACAAGAAGCUUCGACAAGUUCGUUCAUCACAGCCUUGCAGAGCAUGUCAAAUGCUGAAGUCGGUGAUAUCUUACUGUCGUUGUGCUACACUACCAAAGACCAGACCCUCAACGUAUCUAUCAUGAAAACCAGUAACUUAUCAGCUAGCCUCUUCAAUUCUUCAGAAAAAGUUUACGUUAAAGGCGUGUUUGCCUUGGAUAACAAAAGAUUAGCCAAACGAAAGACAAACCUACGUGAGGUUGGAUCUAAAUACACCAUUUUUAACGAGGCCCUUCUCUUUCGCGUCCCUCGAGUAACCCUGGAUCAAGGAACAUUGACAAUUUCUCUUAACCGCUACAACCUCGUUGGAAAGAGCUCUACGAUUGGUGUAGUGUCCUUCGGCCCGCUGUCAACUGGGCCAGAAGCUGCUCACUGGGAUGACAUGCUCGCAAAGCCAGAAAACUUCAGCGCGAUGUGGCAUAUAUUGAGGGGAUUCAAGUUUGGUGAAAGAGAAGUUCAACAGCCUACCUAUCCGUAAAAGGCUUUUUUAGUUGACAAUUGCAGCUUCAAAUUUUGAAAUUAUGGUGCACGUGACAAGGAGUUUGUUCUUUGCCUGUGAGAUAAAUGCGGAGACAUUAAAUAGGAAAAGCGAGAAAAAGGGAGGAAAAUGAGAAUUGAAUAAAUCGGAGGAAAGUAAAGAAAAUUGGAAUAAAGAUACUUUGAUAAAAAAACUCAUGCAAAUGGGAAAGAAAGUACAUAAUGAAGGCAAGAAAAUUUGGCCAAUUUGUUUAAAAAGGAGCGCUAGCGUAAAAUUAGGUAAAAGAAAGAAUUUAUGAAGUAGAAAAGCUAUAGAGCAUAGUAAGAACUGGUAUAGUAGUAAGUUUUCAUAACUAUAUUAUAUAUUUAUAGUUUGGUUUUGAUAUGUCAAAAUGCUUGUGAUAAAAGUAAAAUUAAGUGAAAAGUG